AUGGCUAAAUACAUGCUUCUAUUCAGAUUGGAUUCGAAUGGGAUGUCCGGCGAGGAUGACUGGUUAGUACAGGCGGCUGCUCGUGAAGCUCCUGACAUGCUUCAUCCGGCGCCCGAUUCGUUCGAGGACUCGGAUCGUUUUGAGGGUGAUUCCGAGUGUUCAUGGGUCUCAAGCGAAAGCAUUACAUUGGCAAAAAAUUGGCGAGGAUGGUCGCAGUCAUCUCCAGGGGAUUCUCUUCCGUCAGGGAUGCAAUCAUGCAUCUAUCCUUACCAGAACAACUACUCCCAUUCUGGUCGUUUUUCUUCUUCGUCCAAUACUGUUCCUCAGCGCAGUGUGCCCGCUGAAAAAGUCAUAAAAAGUGUCUCGUCAUUGGCUGACUUGGCUGCUCGAGUAUGCGCUCGUCAGAUGUCCUUUGUUGACUUGGAACGGAACUAUCGCGAUAUUUGCCGUAACAGGGAAAAUGUAAGCGAGAUACCCGUCUCACAUUCGCUACCGGAUAAGUUGUUCCUGAGCGUGGUUUACUGGUGUUUUCCGGCUACGGCUGAUGAUAUUCGAUUGUAUAGUUGUUUGGCGAAUGGGAACGCUGAUGAGUUCAACAACGGCGAUGCCCUUUAUCAGACAGGCGCUGUCAAAGAUGUUGUUCAAAUAGGUUAUCUCCUCUCAGCUGUGGUAUGCGCCGCUCAUCAAGACUGUCUGCAACCGCAGAGAAUGCGAACUACUCACAACGUUUCUUUGAGUGUAGAUAGAUGUAGAGUUGUAUCAUGCGACUGUUCCUGUCCGUCAAAGUCGGCUUGGUGUCAACAUGUUGUGGCGCUGUGCUUGUACAGAAUACACCGGCCCGAUCAGGUUCAGUUUAGAGUUACCAUAUGGGAUUCUGUAAAUGAGCUCUCGGUUGAUAAACUGAAGAAAUUUGCGCAAUAUCUAGUGAACGAGCUGCCCAAGGAGUAUCUUCCUAUUGCUCAAAGACUCCUAGACCAGUUGAAAUGCCCUGAGUCUGAGAUUAAUCUAUCCCAUGGAGCGCCAGACCCUACCGAUGGUGGGCAUGAGCUGACAGCGAUAUGGGCCUUAGAUGUUGAUGGUCUCCAUACCAGCAUCCGCAAAUUGCUUAUCAAGUACUGCGUACCAGCUCCGACAGUCCAUUGUGAUGUACAAUAUCUUGGUACUGCUCAGCAUCCAAUUGCUGCUGAGUGGUUGACUGUAAUGAAGUCGCUGCGUGCCAGAGAACCAGAAGGGAUCUGGAACUUGAUGGCAAUUGUACGUGAAAUGUUUGCGCGACGAGAUGAAAACGCUGUGUCAUUACUGAGCAUACUUACUGUAGAAUGUCUUGCUAACUGUCAGGUUCUUUUAUGGUGGUAUGCAACGAAACUCGUACAGAGCGGUAGCUGGUCCCAGCAGACUACAGGCAAAAAUUCGGCGAGCAGUCAAAUAAGCGCACAGUUGAACUGUGCUCAGUUAUGCGACGAGAUCGUGGUUCUGUGGCGCUGUGCUGUACUGAAUCCAAUGCUUUCACCCCAAAAUCGACGACAGCUGGCAGCUUUAUUACGGACUUAUCACCGCACAGCAGUUGAUCGGAUAUGGAAAGUGAUACGUGGAACAGGGGGACAAGACGCUGCUGUCGUUAGUAGCAGCCACCAGGCAGCGUUACUUUUGAAUUCCAUCCAAGAUGCAAAUAAUUGCCCAUUGUCUGCAAAUAAUGCUCAUUUUGGAUUGUUGGAGUUCCCUGGAUUUCACCCGGCACUGCAGGUUUGUCAUGCAUUGAUUGAUGAAACGGUACCAGGAGUCAGUCAGAUUGCGGUCUUGCAUCUUCCCGAGGCAUGUGGUAGCGAGGCAAAUGUACCAUUGCAACCUUUGACAGUUGGAUCAAUGCAGAAGAGGAACGAAAAAUCCAAGAAAAAGAAACGAAAGAAUCGCAUGCGAUCCUCAGCUGCUCUAGCUUCCCUGGACUUUCCUCCCCUUCCUAUUUUCAACGAUGAAGCUUCGUUGGAUCGUGCUGUUCGUUAUGCAAUUCGAGCCGCUGUUGGAAAUGAUGAACGUCGUCGACGGGGUUUGCAUGAGGAAGUCAUGCACGAAGACGAUAGCUCAGAAUCUGGACAGGAAAGCGACGUUCAGCUCCCUUCUUCUGCCGGAAUCAUGGCAGAUGGCCAAGCAGCGGUUUCAAGCGCUCUUGUUCAUGAAGAAGUUGAUGCUGUAUUGGCUGCGGCUUAUCUUCCCAUGGAUCCGAUUGAAGUUCGAUUUGCUCGUUGUGAAGCUCUUGCAGCGCAUGGAUAUAUACCCCAGGCGACCACUCUGGCUUUGCAACUGUCGAGAUACCUUGUCGGUCACCUCCAAGAUCUUUCUGAUGCCGAAGAUGCUCGAUCGCACCACGUAAACGCACCAAGUACUAGCGCAGAUAAUGCAGCACAUUCCGCUGAUUCUUUUGUUCAGCGAAGUCAAAAGUUUGUAGAUGCGGUGGAAAAAGCGCUUUACCUUGCACAUAUUUUGAGUACCGAUGAAGCCAACCACGCAGGAAUGUUUACUUUUCUUCUUAAUGUUCUCCAAUGUCCAAAAUAUCCUAUGGCGACUAAAUAUCUGCAAGUGAAGCUGUAUUACCUGGAGGGUGAAAUCGUAUCGCUGCUGCAAACUGCAAACAUAGGCGAUCGUGAACUGGAACAACUUAGAGAUGCAGCCAUGCAAAUGGCUGCUGCCGUAGCAACCCAACUAGUGCCACCAAUAGCCUUGGCACAUUUUAUAUUAGACAGACUAAGUUACUCAUUCAAUGUUUGCGAAUUGGAUCAGAAUGCGCAACCUAGUGCUAGGAUUAUUCCUACUCGAGUUGGUUCGCGCCGUAUCGAAGAUGAUGAUCUAGCGUUGAAAGCUGCUUUAGACGCCAUAGGUGCUCGUCCUUUAUUCUCGGAAGAGGACUAUCCAUUGCUGAGUGAAGCAGCUCGGAGGCAAAAGGGCGAGCUUGCCAUAGCACUGCUGACAAGGCAUCGAGAUUCUACUGAAAAAUUGGGCUUGAUCUUGGACAAACUGCUUGAUCCGUCUAUUCAUAGGAUGUACACAUGGCAUCAAUCGAACGCCGCGUAUUUUCUUGAUCGAGAUCCCGUUUACCUGAAGUAUGGACAACGUGGUCAGCGACCGGUAUUCCCGAUACCCGCGCAAGUACCUAAGAUCCAGAGGUCGCUGUCGAUGCAGUCUACGGACUCAAAAAGCGGUGCUAUAGACGAAGAAGUCGAGUUUCUUUCAGAACAACUACAGUCUGUUGAAACAAGUUCGAGACGUUCCUCUGACGAAGGCAAUGAUAGCAUAAGGAGCACUCCGACUACUGCAUCCAUCGUGACCGAAUCCAGUGAACAGUUGCCAAGGCCGCUACCAAAGAAAGUCAAGCGACGUUGCCUGCCCAUCAUCUGCACCACGGAAGCGCAUGCGCAUUAUAUGCAUGAGCUUGCAAAGCGUGUGCUUACAGAAGCAGGUGGCAAUCAGAGUUCCGUGGUGUUCGCACCAAUAGGACAGAAUCCGCUAGCUUCAAACAGAAAGUUGCACAUGUGUGCGUUCCUUAUUGGUAUGUACGCUAUUGGUCUCCACAAUCAAGUGUGCUCCAGCUGGAAAUCAAGGACUUAUAGCACUCAUGUUUCAUGGAUCAAUCUUCAAGCUGCUGAACUAGGUUUGAUGGCAAUAGAAGUGGUGAGAGAAACUUGGCCAACUCAUCUGACACCAUCAGAGGCCGCAGGAUUAGCUGACAAGGCUGGUCAGUCUCGUGAUCCUGCCGUCGUGGAGGAAGCUGCACGUUUGGCCUUAUCUGUAUUACCAUAUGCCUACACACUAAGUGCUGCAGAAACUCAACGUGCCCUUCUGCAAUGUCGUGAACAAGGAGCUUCACUACUUGAGAGUGCGUGCAGGGCCAUAGAAGAGGCGGCCAACCAAGAAAUUGUAUUUGCGGACGUGCUCUUCCGAGUCGCCCGCUACUGGCACGAUCUUCAUUAUGAGCUUGAUCAGCCGGCCGUGUCUGUACAUCAGCAACAUCAUAAUCAACCAUCCUCACAACAAAUGCAAUAUGCUUCUAACCCUCAACACCAACAAUAUUAUAACAUCCCUACUACUCACGCACACCAACAAUAUUACUACCCUCACAUUCAUCCCUCACAGUCGAAUGGUUUCAUGAAUCCUCCCCCAGUUCCUGUCAGCCAACCGAGCAGCAGCGGGCUAUCUGUAAACGAAAUGGGCAGACUACAUCAGAGCCAGUCAGCACCCCAGCUAUCAGGUAGACUAGGUGCUCAGCCCGGAUCGGAUACACGGCCACGACUCGUGAACGCGCACCGCGUUGGAAUCCGUGCUUUAGCCACAAUGGCAGCAAGCGCCAGUGAUGAAACGCGGCAGUAUAGCAAGUACUCCCAGACUCCCCCAUACGCCGAAGAUAUUCGAUGGUUGUUCACUAUAUCUGUACAACUGGGUACUCCAUAUUUUAUCAAUUUCCUCGACGCUGUUGCUAAGGCCGUCUCAUCUCCAUUCUUGCUCUUUCAAUUUGCCAUGGAGGCAAAUAGCCGUCUUCCACCGUACCCUCAACAGUACUCUAUGCCUCCGAUGAACCGUUCGAUACCUCCUCCACAGCCUACUCCCUCAAGUAAAGCUUUUGCACAUGUUGCUGGCAGGACUCGAGCGGUCAUGCUGCAAACAUAUGCUCAUCCGUCAACGGCGGAAUUAUAUGAGCGAUGCAUCGAGCAGUUCUACGCUGCUGCCGGUGUGAAACUCAGUCAUAAUCGCUUCAACAGCAGCGAUAUGGAAGAUGCACAUCAAUUGCUUCUGGCAGCCAUUACAGCCUUCAUGCGUAUACCGCAUGCGCCCACAGCGCACACUCUGUUGGAGGAUUUCUAUCGUCAUGUGAAGAAGCAAAAAGCUUGGAAAAAAGACGUACAACAUCGUUUGGGAUCUCUACUGCACGAAGCGUUGAAUCCGCAACGGUGACAAUAACCGACUCCUUUAGUUUUAGCUCUUUCUUCAUUCCUUUUUUUCCCUCCGAUUCGUUUCUUACCUAGGGUGGGUUAAUUACAUUAAUUAUCUACUUUAGUACCUUUCGUCAUGCAACCUUAACAUUGCUGCAUCCGUUUGUAAUUAUCACGACUGUACUCAAUCAUUUUUCUAUUCAUAACAUUCGAUCAUAUUUAACCAACUUAUCAUUCUACACCCUAACUUAUUUGCAAAAACUAAAAGAUUCAACUUUACAGCAUUCGAUAAAAAUUUCUAGCUUCACUCAGCCGUUGAUCGGCACACAAACCUUUCACUAUCUUCUUUUAAGAAUCAAACGAAAUCAGACUUUCACCGUAGCUAACCGAGUAGAUGGAACACACACUGUAUGAACGAUUCGCUUGGACUUUUUUACUUUCUGUUGUUCUCAUCUCUUCGUGUGUCUUUAACGAUCAUUCGCCUGAGUUGUUCAAUUUUUGAUGCUCUUUCUUGAAUUCCUCGUAUGUAUACCUCCAUUGAAAAAAAAAUAAACCCUCUGAAAACUUGAUUGAUAU